AUGACCUUCCCUCCCCCUCACCCUUCCGCCCAAUCGUCGAUUGCUUCUGGCACCGGUAAAUCCUCUUCGUCCAGGACCGAGAUUGGUGCCUGGGGUCGGUCCUCAUCACAGUCUGGAAUUCGUCGUGGGUUGACUCCUCUCGCAACCAACCUUUCUUCCUUCGCCGCUCCCUCCACAUCUGCCCGGGGCUUGGACGCAGGCCCUGGGGUUUCAACGCCUUCUUCAUUUUCGGCUGUUCUGAGCUCCGCCAGGGGUCUUUCCGGCGGUAGCCCGAAGCCCACACCCUCUCCGUUCACUUCACUGCAGUCGGCUUCACAGCAGCAGGCCCAAUCACUUUCCUCACCCAAGUUCCGCGCACACACCCCUUCCUCGGUGUCUCAUUUCCCCUCCGCAACAGGUUCUAUCCCAGGCACUGGGGGAACCGGGGGUGGUGGUGGACCCGGAUCAACUCGAGGUGUUGCAUUUUCACCACUCUCGUCCGGCACAACCGUGAAUUCACCUACGGGCUUCGCUUCUGAUAAACCAGGCUCAGCAGCUGCCCACUCGAGCCAGUCAUCUCUCACGAAGAUUUCGAUUGCGCAAGUUUUCCUCCUGUUGGACUCGAUCACAGAGAAGGAAGGUAAAGAAAAGUGGGAAACAAAAGCUGCUCAAAUCCACAAGCUUGUAUCAUCCAACGGCAUGGAGGUCUUUUCAAAGUAUUUCCGCCGCCUGCUGACAGGCAAUGCCCCACAAAUCUUCCCUGGCGUGAACAAGUCCGUCGAGAAUGCGGGCAACUACCCCCUCCUAGUGCAGGAAAUGCAGAAAGUCGCCUCCGACAUUGAUCAGGCGCAGAAGAUUGCUGAGACGGUAGACAACUCCGAGGGAGACAUCUUCCGCGAUUUCGAUCUCUCCACCUUCUUGGAUCACUUCCGUCUUGAUCCUCUUCUGAAGGUCUCUCUUGCGUUGGCGUUCAAGCUGACGAGCAAGUCUGACCUUCGAGCUAAGGCCGAUGCCAUCCUUUCCAACUCUAUCACCCCCUUCCUCUCUAGCUUGGCGAAUCCCUCCGAAGCGACCAAAGAUUUCCCGAACUCCUUCCUUGGAAUGACAAUUGAACGAUUCAUCCUAUACCCCCCGCGCAAUUUCACCAACGAGGUCAAGGCAAAGUUGGUCUAUGCAAUCAAUCUACGAUUCCAAAAGCUCGCCCUCGAGACACCAGGCGAGGUUAGCUCGGCCCUGCAAAUGUUCCUGUUUGUCGAUCCCGAACACACUCUCGUGCGGCAGCUUCACGCCAAGGGACCUCGUGCCACGGCGAACGUCGAGGCCGCCACGGAGGCUAUCAACGCUGCCGGACCGGACGGUUGGAGCGAGGAAAAUCUGGCCACUGCGAUUCUAUUCACGAUCUCGUCACAGUACUCGCAGCAAUUCUCGCUGGAGACUCUUUUGAGCGCAUACGCGGGGAAGCAGAUCAACUGGGCAUUGGUUCUCCAGAACUUUGACCGAGACGGUGUACGAGUGGAUCCCAAGCAGUUCUCGCGGCUGUUCGAUGUGUUUUCCAGCAUUGCUGCCAGUGACUCUUCCCUAGAUCUCCAAAAGCUCUGGGGUGGAGACUGGGAGCAUCGUGAUUCACAGAUGUCACUUUUGACAGCGUUCAUCGCCUCACGUCCCGAUUUAUCGCUCAUUCCUAAUCUGCGUCCGGCGUUCCCCGCAGAUUUCUUCGAGGAGGCCCCCGAAAAUCUUAAGCUGCAGGGUGAACGGGCUGUCCAGUCCCCCCUUCGUUCCAUGGAUGCGAUGAAAGCGAUCUUCGAUGUUGCACUGUUCUCACAGUCUUCAUGGGCUGCAGCAGAGAGCCAGCUUCUCAUCAAGACCAUUGUUCAAUUCGAUCUUCCGGUCUUCCUUAUUUCGGCUCUCUCUAUCAAACAACCAUGGACUGACGUCCAAACCAACUUUGUGCUUCGUACCUUUGUCUUGUUCCUUUCUAAGCAAGAAGAAGGGUACCAGCUGGCGCUUCAUGGCGCUUGGCUUCAGGACCGCGAUUGGGUGACCGGGAAGCUCUUCGAUGCUUUCAACCAGGAUCCAACGUCUACUGCAAUGAUUUAUGAGACAGCUGCAGAGCAUGGAUGGCUUGACUGUCUUCUCGAGUUUACCACUGGCUUGGCUUUGGAUCUCGCCUGUUACUGUCACCGAAAGACCAACAUGGACCUCGAGGAAUGGGUUCGCAAGGCUUCUCAGAAGGGCCACACGAACAUGGGUGACCUUCUCUCCAAGUUCCUCCGUAUCAAGGCCGAGGAUGAGCUCCAUGUCCAGCGAAAGGAACAGCCAGUCCCGCGGAUGGUUAGCCUUGCCGUGAAGACGGUGUACACUCUUUUGUCUGUCUUGGAGGAGUACGUCGGCGAUCGUGAAAACCUCACUCCCGUUCAACGUAUCUGCAUUCAGACUUACCCUCGACUGAUCAAUUACGGUGAAGGGUUUGACGACAUCAUUGAUGCUAAUGGCGAGAACGGCAACUCGCUCCCUGACGCAAUCGACAAGCAGAUGCAGGAUCUGUUUGGCAAGAUGUAUCACGAGGAGCUUUCUCUGCGUGAAAUGCUGGAGUUGAUGCGGCAGUACAAGUCGUCUCGGGACCCCACCGAACAAGAUUUGUUUGCCUGCAUGGUGCACGGCUUGAUUGACGAGUACCACUGCUACCAUGAGUACCCCCUUGAAGCUCUGACCAAGACUGCCGUCAUGUUCGGUGGUAUUAUCAACUUCAGGCUGGUGGAUGGAAUUACGCUCAAGGUUGGCCUCGGCAUGAUUCUCGAGGCCGUUCGAGAACAUGAGGUGCAUGACCCAAUGUAUAAGUUUGGUGUGGAGGCCAUUGAGCAGCUUAUCAACCGUCUCACUGAGUGGGCUGGCUUCUGUCAUCUGCUCCUCCAGAUCCCCACUCUGCAAGGCACUCCGAUCUUCCAGAAAGCAGAGGAAGUGCUUCGUGAUCAAGGGCCCCAGCUCGGUGAGGGUGAGCGAUUCGAUGAUUUCGGUCCCACCACCUUGCCCAAUGGCACCAACGAUGAUGCCUCCGCGACCGACGGCGGAUCUAGGAAAUUCCGCGCUAUUCAGGUCGAUCCACCACUCCGUUCUGACAUCUAUCAUGACCCUGAUGAGGACAUUCAAGACAAGAUUCUCUUUGUUUUGAACAACGUUUCAGAGCAGAACAUUGAUGAGAAGCUUCGGGAUCUGCGUGAAGUGUUGCGCGACCAGCAUCACCAAUGGUUCGCUGCGUACCUGGUGGAGGAGCGUGCCAAGUUGCAACCCAACUUCCAACAGCUCUACCUCGAUCUUCUGGACCGCAUUGGCGACAAGAUUCUCUGGGCCGAGGUCCUCAGAGAGACCUAUGUCAGCCUCUCAAAGCUUCUUAACUCCGAAGCUACCCUCACCUCUUCCACGGAUCGUGGCCACCUCAAGAAUCUUGGCGCCUGGCUUGGCUCGUUGACAAUCGCGAAGGACAAGCCCAUCAAGCACAAGAAUGUCUACUUCAAGGGACUGCUCUUGGAGGGCUAUGAUACCCAGCGGUUGAUGGUCACCAUCCCCUUCACCUGCAAGGUGCUUGUCCAGGCCACCAAGUCUCGGGUCUUUAGGCCUCCCAACCCUUGGUUGAUGGAUAUUCUGGGUCUCUUGCUCGAACUGUACCAUUUCGCCGAGCUCAAGCUGAAUCUCAAGUUCGAGAUUGAGGUAUUGUGCAAGGAUCUUGACCUUGAUCACAAGACUAUCGCACCAGCCAUCAUCAUUCGUGACCGUACCGCUCAUGUCGCUGAAGAAGGCCUGCCGCCAGCGGCUGCCAAUAUCCCAGAAGGAUUGGAACCUUUCAAUGAUCUCGCUAUCGGUCCUCUUGCCCCAGGCAUCCAGAAUGAGCGUUUGUCGCCAGCUGCGAUCAUGUCGACACUACCUAGCCUCGAUAAGAUUCUUGUGCUGCCUCCCUCGGCGAGCAGCAUGGUGGAUCCCAGCGUUCUUCGACAGAUCGUGCACACCGCAGUGGAGCGUGCCAUUGCGGAGAUCAUCACUCCGGUUGUCGAACGCUCUGUCACUAUUGCCUCUAUCUCCACCGUCCAGCUUGUCUCCAAGGACUUUGCUACGGAGCCUGAUGAGGAGAAGGUACGGCAGUCUGCUGGUAUCAUGGUUAGGCAACUGGCUGGAAGCCUUGCCCUGGUUACUUGCAAGGAGCCGCUCAAGGUCAGCAUGACCAACUACAUUCGGAUGAUUCAACAAGAGUACUCUGAUCAGCCCAUGCCCGAAGGCUUGAUUCUCAUGUGCGUGAACGACAACUUGGAUGCUGCCUGCGGUAUCGUGGAGAAGGCCGCAGAGGAGAAGUCACUGCCUGAGAUUGAGAAGGUUAUCGAGCCACAGCUGGAGGCACGCCGGCGCCACUUGGCUACGCGGCCGAACGAGCCAUUCGUGGACCCUUCGAUGAACCGCUGGGGCCUCUUCAUCCCCGAGCCUUAUCGCCAAAUGCCCGGGGGGUUGAAUAAGGAGCAGUUGGCAAUCUACGAAGAGUUUGCACGCCAAUCCAGAGGUCCUGUGACUGCUCAUCCCCAGAACGUUUCUACGGAUUCCGGUCGUCAGAUCCCCGACGUCCUCCAAGAGGCUUUUCCUCCUCCAAUCCCCAACCUCUCGACUCCCGCUGAGCAGCCGGCCGUUCCUCAUCGAACCCCGCAAGCGCAGAAUGCGGCCGCUCAGAUGGGUGUCCCCACAAACGGCUUCCUUGAGGCUCAAAGUCCACGGGAGCGUGUGGAUUCUCUGAUCUCUGAGCUCCAGCUCUCUGCCCGAAAUGCCCCUGAGGAGCACGUCAAGGAUCUUGGUCGAGAAAGCACUGUUCUCCAGGAAUACAACCAGGCAUUGCGCGCCAUUCUGGCUUCACCCAAUGGGGAGGAGCUGGCCCGUUUGACCUCCCUGAAGAUCUGCACCACCCUAUACUCUCAGUCCUCUGGGUCCCUGGAAAUCGAGGUUCUUGUCCACCUUCUCGCCAAGCUCUGCGACAUGUCUUCCCUCAUCGCACGCUACACCUGGGCCCUCCUGUCAGAGGUCGAUGAUGAGCACAUGUUCAACGUGCCUGUCACCGUUGCUCUUAUUGAUGCCGGCUUGCUGGACAUCCGCCGGGUCGACAUGGUCCUGACUCGUCUUAUUUCCCAAAAGAAUGUCAGCGCCUUGGAACUUCUCUUGAACCUGAUGAACCGUGUCCUGUUCAACGACGAGCCGUCAGCUCUGCGGUCUGACUUCUCCGGAAGUCUGGAAGUCAUGAGUCAGUGGCUUGCUGAGGAUGGAACCGUUGCUCCUGCCCUGGAGAUCGUCCGCAAGCUGCGCGAUGUCGGCAUCCCUGAGGUUGUCAACCCACUUCUUACCGAUCAGGCUCGGUCAAAGCGUGACCAGAUGGAGUACAUCUUCAGCGAGUGGAUUGGCGUCUACAAGGCCUCCGGCGCCAGUGAGCGCACCUACCUGUCUUUCCUCCAGGACAUGCACAACCGCCAGGUGAUGAACUCCCAAGAAGACUCCGCGCUGUUCUUCCGCCUCAGCAUCGACAUUUCGGUGGCUAUGUUCGAGCAUGAGUCCCAGAACCCGAACGGCAGCCUCGACGAAGCAUUCCUGUACAUUGACGCUCUCGCGAAGCUCGUUGUUCUCUUGGUUAAGUUCCAAGGGGAGAGCACUGGUUCUGUCAAGGCCGACAAGCCGUCUUACUUCCAUUCAAUCCUGUCCGCUCUGGUCUUGGUCCUCAACAAUCACCAGGUCAUGCGGGGAGAGGCGUUCAACCAGCGUGUCUUCUUCCGCCUGUUCUCCAGCAUUCUGUGCGAGUAUUCGGUCGCGGGCCUCCAACACCACGAGCAACACCAGGGCAUGAUCUUUGCCAUGGCCAACAAGUUCCUGUCACUCCAGCCUCGCUAUGUGCCAGGCUUCGUGUACGGAUGGCUGUCUCUUGUCUCCCACCGUGUUUUCAUGUCCGACAUGCUCAACAUGCCAGAGCGCAUCGGCUGGGCCCCCUACUGCGAGAUCAUGCAAGCACUGCUUUCCUACAUUGGCGAGCAGCUCAAGGCUGCUGAAAUCCACUAUGUCGCCAAGGACUUGUACAAGGGUGUGCUUCGAAUCCUGCUGAUCCUCCACCACGACUUCCCCGAAUUCGUUGCUGAAAACCACUUCCAAUUCUGCAAUGUGAUUCCUGCACACUGUGCUCAGCUUCGCAACCUGGUUCUCAGUGCCUACCCAUCGUCCUUCCAGAAACUCCCGGAUCCUUUCCGUGAAGGACUCAAGGUUGAGCGGCUUGAGGAGAUGCGGGAAAUCCCCAAGAUCGCUGGUGAUAUUGCUGCGCCUUUGCAGCAAGCAAAUAUCAAGCAGGUCAUUGAUACCGCCCUGCAAAACGAUCAAGCUUCCGAUGCUGUGGUGCAGCAGAUUUGUGACGCGAUCAUCACCCCGGAGCCCAAAGAGACUUCCCUCUUCUACGUGCCCAUCAACGUGGACGUCGUCCUUGUGAAUGCCAUGGUCCUUUACAUUGGCCAGCAAGGUGUGGAGGAACACGCCUCCAAGGCCAACACCCGCAGUGCUUUCGAGACCUCGGCUCACGCCACCCUUCUGGAGAAGCUUGCCCAGGCAAUGCAACCCGAGGCGCGUUACUACCUGCUGAGCGCCAUGGCCAACCAGCUGCGCUACCCCAACAGCCACACCUACUUCUUCAGCUUCACCAUCCUCCGCCUGUUCGGUGUCGAUCUCUCCGAGUCUGAUGACUCCGAUAUCCGCCAGCAGAUCAUUCGUGUGCUUUUGGAGCGACUGAUUGUCCACCGUCCACACCCUUGGGGACUGAUCAUUACCCUGCAAGAGCUUCUCCAGAACCGGAGCUACUCUUUCUUCCGCCUUCCCUUCAUCCAGGCGGCCCCCGAGGUAAUUCGGAACAUACUCACAAGCCUCUCCAACGCAUACUAA